GCGCCUGAGGCGGGUCCUGAGGCGGGUCCUGAGGCGGGUCCUGAGGCGGGUCCUGAGGCCGGUCCUACAGCCGGUCCUACAGCCGGUCCUACAGCCGGGACUGUCCCGCCGCCGUCCCCGUCCCGCUCUCGUCCCGGCCCCCCGGACGCGCCCCGCGGCCGCCAUGGCGGAGCAGGAGAGCCUGGAGUUCGGCAAAGCCGACUUCGUGCUGAUGGACGCCGUGACCAUGCCCGAGUUCAUGGCGAACCUGCGGCUGCGGUUUGAGAAGGGCAGGAUUUACACCUUCAUUGGGGAGGUGGUGGUUUCCAUGAAUCCCUACAAAAACCUCAACAUCUACGGCCGGGACACCAUCGAGCAGUACAAGGGCCGGGAGCUCUAUGAGAGGCCCCCCCACCUCUUCGCCAUCGCCGACGCCGCCUACAAGGCCAUGAAGAGACGCUCCAAGGACACCUGCAUCGUCAUCUCAGGUGAAAGUGGAGCUGGGAAAACUGAGGCCAGUAAAUACAUCAUGCAGUACAUUGCAGCCAUCACCAACCCUGGGCAGAGGGCCGAGGUGGAGAGAGUGAAGAACAUCCUGCUGAAAUCCAACUGUGUGUUGGAGGCCUUUGGCAACGCCAAGACAAACCGGAACGACAAUUCCAGCCGGUUCGGGAAGUACAUGGACAUCAACUUUGAUUUUAAAGGAGACCCAAUAGGUGGGCACAUCAAUAAUUACCUGCUAGAAAAGUCCCGUGUGAUUGUGCAGCAGCCCGGAGAAAGGAGCUUCCAUUCCUUCUACCAGCUCCUGCAGGGAGGUUCUGACCAGCUCUUACGUUCCCUGCACCUUCAGAAGGACGCCUCAGCCUACAGCUACAUCUGUCCUGGGGCACAGAUCAAGUGUUCCAUCAAUGAUGGUGCCGAGUUCAAAGCAGUGGCUGAUGCCAUGAAAGUGAUUGGCUUCAAGCAAGAGGAGAUCCAGACUGUCUAUAAAAUCGUGGCAGCCAUUCUCCACCUGGGGAACUUGAAGUUCUCCGUGGAUGGAGACACUCCCGCGAUCGAGAACGGGCAGGUGGUGUCCACCAUCGCAGAGCUGCUCUCCACCAAGGCCGACAUGGUGGAGAAGGCCCUGCUGUUCCGCACCGUGGCCACGGGCAGGGACGUCAUCGACAAGCAGCACACGGAGCAGGAGGCCACCUAUGGCAGGGAUGCCUUUGCCAAGGCCAUCUACGAGCGCCUCUUCUGCUGGAUGGUGACACACAUCAACGACGUGAUCGAGGUGAAGAACUAUGACACCACAGUCCAUGGGAAGAACACGGUCAUUGGAGUCCUGGACAUCUAUGGCUUCGAGAUAUUCGACAAUAACAGCUUCGAGCAGUUUUGCAUCAAUUACUGCAAUGAAAAGCUGCAGCAGCUCUUCAUUCAGCUGGUCCUGAAGCAGGAGCAGGAGGAAUACCAGCGAGAGGGAAUUCCCUGGAAGCAUAUUGAUUACUUCAACAACCAGGUCAUCGUGGACCUGGUGGAGCAGCAGCACAAAGGGAUCAUUGCCAUCCUGGACGACGCCUGCAUGAACGUGGGGAGGGUCACGGACGAGAUGUUCCUGGAGGCUCUCAACAACAAGCUGGGGAAGCACGCCCACUUCUCCAGCAGGAAGCUUUGUGCCACGGACAAAACGCUGGAGUUCGACAGGGACUUCCGGAUCAAACACUACGCUGGGGAUGUGAUCUACUCAGUCACUGGAUUUAUUGACAAAAACAAGGACACUUUAUUUCAAGACUUCAAGCGCCUCAUGUACAACAGCUCCAACCCUGUGCUGAAGAUGAUGUGGCCUGAAGGGAAGCUGAGCAUCACUGAGGUCACCAAGAGACCUCUGACAGCUGCUACUCUGUUCAAGAACUCCAUGAUUGCACUGGUGGACAACCUGGCACUGAAGGAGCCCUACUACGUGCGCUGCAUCAAGCCCAACGACAAGAAGUCCCCCCAGGUGUUCGACGAGGAGCGCUGCAGGCACCAGGUGGAGUACCUGGGGCUGCUGGAGAACGUGCGCGUGCGCCGGGCGGGCUUCGCCUACCGCCAGACCUACGAGAAGUUCCUGCACAGGUACAAGAUGAUCUCGGAAUUCACGUGGCCAAACCACGACCUGCCCUCGGACAAGGAGGCCGUGCGGAAGCUCAUCGAGUGCCACGGCUUCCAGCACGACGUGGCCUACGGCAAGACCAAGCUCUUCAUCCGCACGCCCCGCACGCUGUUCACCCUGGAGGAGCUGCACGCCAAGAUGCUCGUCGGGAUCGUCCUCUUCCUGCAGAAGGUCUGGAGGGGCACCCUGGCCCGGCUGCGCUACCGGCGGACGAAGGCAGCGCUGACCAUCCUGCGGCACUACCGGCGCUACAAGGUCAAGUCCUACAUCCGGGAGGUCUCACGGCGCUUCCACAACGUGCGGCUGCUGCGGGACCGCGGCAGGAACGUGCAGUGGCCCACGCCCCCCAAGGUGCUGCGGCGCUUCGAGGAGGCCCUGCAGGCCAUCUACCACAGGUGGAGAGCGGGUGAGCUCAUCCGGAGCGUCCCACCAGAAGUCCUCCCCCAGCUGAGGGCCAAGGUGGCUGCCAUGGAGGUGCUGAAGGGUCACAGAGCUGACAUUGGCCUCCAGAGGGCCUGGCAGGGGAAUUACAUCGCGCUGAAGCCAGACAGCCCCCAGAGCACGGGCUCCUUCGUCCCUGUGGCCAACGAGCUGAAGAGAAAGGACAAGUACAUGAACGUCCUCUUCUCCUGCCACGUCCGCAAGGUCAAUCGCUUUAACAAGGUGGAGGACAGAGCCAUCUUCAUCACUGACAGACACCUGUAUAAGAUGGACCCCAUGAGGCAGUACAAGGUGAUGAAGACCAUCCCCCUCUACAACCUGGUGGGGCUGAGCGUCUCCAACGGGAAGGACCAGCUGGUGGUGUUCCACACCAAGGACAACAAGGAUCUCAUCGUGUGCCUGUUCAGCCCCGAGCCCUCCAGCGACAGCAGGAUCGGGGAGCUGGUGGGAGUCCUGGCCAGUCACUUCAAGAGCUCCACUGGUUCUGUAUCCUGCAAAUUGGCCAGGAGGAACCAGGGACGACAAGAGGAAAGAACGGGACACAAGGAUGAUCUUGGAAAGGGCAGGAAAAAACCAACUUGGAGGGAACCUGCUUUAAAGAAAGCUCAGGCUGGUCCAGUCCUCACACCUCAGUGGGACUGAACUGGGAUUUCACUGUCCAGGGGAACUCCCCACUGUCCAGCCUGCCCCCAGGAGGUGCUGGGGUUUGUCAGUGGGUGACAAGGGUGUCCCACUGGUGGGAAGGUCCCCAGGCAGCUGCAGGCUGAGGAACUGCAGGGGGAGGGAUCAGUGCUGGUGACUCCUCUGCUGGGGGCUUCAACUUCGGGUUUCUUAUCACAGAAUGAUCAAAUCAACAAGGUUGG